AUGGAUCUAGGAAGGAUAACAUUCUACCAGGAAUACCUCGCGCCUAAAGGUACAAUAGUGAAGCCCUAUUACUGGCUCACAAUGGGCCACAGCUGUACCAAGUGCCCCUAUCACAUACGAACAAGUGAAGAAGCAAGAGUCUCUUACAAAGAAUUUCAAUAUGCCUUUGGAGUCCCAAUGCGUGAUCCAAAUAACCACCUCAUCUUUUACGAACUGAGGCACUGCUCAGGCAAAUUAAUUCAAAAGGGCCGUGCUACAAACUGCACAGAGUACAACAUUCAUCCAGAAUCAAUGUUAUUUGAGAUGGGCAGUUACCUCGACUCCAUGGUAUACCACUACAAGGACAUCAUGUAUGUUAUCCUUUAUUCAAACUACUCCCCUUGUAAUGAGGCCAAGCACGGCUGCAUAAGCAAAAUUUACAAUUUCUUGACCAACUAUCCAGAUGUCACACUCUGUAUUUACUUCUCACAGUUGUAUCACACAGAAGAGGAUUGCCCAGUGUCCCCGUGGAACUGUGAAGCUCUACAGAGCCUGGCCAGUAUGUGGCCUCAGGUGAGCCUCGGCCCGUUGUGCGGCAGCCUUUGGCACACCCUGCUCCGCAAUUUUGUGGCAGUUAUGCCUUGGGGGCCAUUUUACCAUCCGAUUUUGCCAGCAAGAGCAUUGGCUGAUAGACAAAGCACACGCCCACUUAACAGCAUCACUGGGAUGAUAUUUCCUUUUAUGACUACCUUGCCUCAGCUGUUCCCUGGGAACUCAACAGCUGGGCCUCAACUGCAACAGUACCAUUUCCCCGGUUCACACUCCCAGCUUCCACCACACCAGCCCGAUGGCAGACUGCCUCCGCUAUUGAUGCCACCACCCCAUUCAACCCCUCCCGUUAACAUUUCUCGUCCUUUCUUAAAACAACCAUUCUACCCCAAAUUGACCGUAAGGCACGUAAAAAGGCCAGAUGAGAUAUUAAAAGAAGCCAAAGAUUCUUAAGUCAUCCCAAACAGGAAAUCUGUUUGCACGGAAAGCGUUUCUGAACAACUUCCAGCUACUAGGUCUGCAGAAUAUGAAGACCACAGGAAGAAGAAGAAUUAA